AACACCUCAGAUAGUGGGUGGAGCAGUGAUGAUUCGCAAACAUUCAUUUAUGGAGAGGAGCAGACAUAUCAAAGGAAGAAGAACAGGAAUUAUGAAAAUGUUGAACUGAUAACUUUGGAAAAAAUAUAUAUGAAAGGUCAUGUUACAAUUUCAUUGAAAUUUGAUAAAUAUUUCUGUCAUUCUUUUAAAUUUUUGCACAAGAAUUCACACCAUAUCAUGGACUAUUUACACCAGGGGCUUCCAAACUUUCAGUAUACAUUUAACUUAAUUGUAAAAAUAAAAAAUUAA